ACGAGGCGGUUAGACGCUGAGUUUCCGAUGAUUUUUACGAUUAUUUGCUUUUCUCUUUUAAAUUAAUUAUCCCUCCCUAGAUUUCCGGUGCAAUGGCGACGCAAAUUUCGAACUCCGAACCAGAUUCUUGGUCCAUGGAACCAAACUCUUCAGUCGGUUUUGAUGAGCACAGACUUGAGCAAGUUAUAGCUGAAGGCUCAUUAGACUUUGAUGAAUGGACUUUACUCCUAUCAGAGAUUGAGAAUACAUUUCAUGAUGACAUAGAGAAAAUAUGUUUGGUGUAUGACGCCUUCUUGGCCGAGUUUCCUCUGUGCUAUGGUUACUGGUUGAAGUAUGCUGAUCACAAGGCACGCUUGUGCACUGCUGACAAGGUUGUUGAAGUCUUUGAACGAGCCGUUCAAGCGGCUACCUAUUCUGUUGAUGUGUGGCUUCAGUAUUGUUGCUUCAGCGUUUCAGCAUUUGAAGAUCCUCAUAAUGUUCGUAGAUUAUUCAAAAGAGCCUUGUCGUUUGUUGGAAAGGAUUACCUAUGUCAUACCUUGUGGGAUAAAUACCUUGAAUUUGAGUUUUCUCAGCAGCGGUGGAGUUCUCUUGCUCACAUAUACAUCCAAACUUUGAGAUUUCCAAGUAAAAGGUUACAUAAUUAUUAUGAUAGCUUCAAAAAGUUGGCUGCUGCUUGGAAAGAGAAGUUUGAUUGUCGGAAUUCUGCCACCGAAUUACAGUCAGACCUGGUACUUGAAAGUGGUGUCCCAAAAUAUUUUAGGGAUGAUGAAAUCUCUGCUAUCAUCAAAGAACUGCUAGAGCCAUCAGUUGGCUUAGCUAGAUCUAAAGCAGUACAGAAAUAUGUACUUACUGGGGAACAUAUCUAUAAGGAAGCAUGUCAGUUGGAUGAAAAGAUACAUUGUUUUGAGACUCGCAUUCGGAGGCCCUAUUUCCAUGUGAAGCCACUUGAUGGAGAUCAGUUAGAAAAUUGGCAUGACUAUCUGAACUUUGCUGAGAAGCAAGGUGAUUUUGACUGGGUGGUUAAACUCUAUGAGAGGUGCUUAAUUCCUUGUGCCAAUUAUGCUGAGUUCUGGAUGCGUUAUGUGGAUUUCAUGGAAAGCAAAGGGGGAAGAGAGAUAGCAAACUUAGCAUUGGCACGAGCAACGCAAAUUUUUCUGAAGAGAAUGCCAAUGGUCCAUCUUUUCAGUGCCCAGUAUAAGGAGCAAAUAGGAGAUGUAUAUGCUGCCCGUGCUGCCUUUCUUGGAUGUGAUACUGAAGCAGAUUCAACUUUUGUUGAAAAUGUCACAAUUAAAGCUAACAUGGAAAAGCGUCUGGGAAAUUUUUUGGCAGCUUGCAAUGUAUUCAAAGAAGCAUUAGAAACUGCUGCUGAGAAGAAAAAGUUGCAUAUUCUUCCUAUACUGUAUGUUCGUUUUUCACGACUUCAAUACAUGACUACUGAUAGUGCAGAUGCAGCGAGAGACAUUUUAAUAGAUGGUGUCAAGCAUGUGCCUCACUGCAAAUUACUUCUGGAGGAGCUGAUAAAAUUUGUAAUGAUGCAUGGAGGGUCAAGACACCUGAAUGUUGUAGACUCUGUUAUAGCUAAUGCAGUAUAUUCAGGUCCAGAUGUACUUGAUGCUUUUAGUCAGAAGGAUGUGGAGGAUGUAUCAAGCUUAUAUUUACAGUUCGUCGACCUGUGUGGUACCAUCCAUGAUGUAAGGAAGGCAUGGAAUCGGCACAUCAAAUUGUUUCCACACUCUGUGAGGACUGCAUAUGAGCAUCCUGCUGCAGGUACAAAACCAUUGAAAUCAUUCAUGGAAAGAAGGCUAAAAAGUAUUGUUGCUUUGACUCCAAGGCCAUCUGGAUCUGACCACUCACUCCAGUCACCUUCUCAAGACAAGAAACUUUCUCCUUCAGAAAACUAUGAUAGCCAGUCUGACCAUGAUGCAACUGCACCGUUAUCAGAACAGAAAUCACCAUUGCUGGAAAAUCAUGAUAUUCAAUCUGAUGCUGGUGCUAGAAUUGACCAUCUUCAUUCAGGAGAAGCUGAAAACAGCGUACAGGAGAAAAUGCAGCAGUUAUCUCCUGAAGUUAGAGAGCAGCACAGAGAAGAUAUUUGUGAACCAAUUGUGGCAUCUCUUGAUUUAGUACAUGAAGUUGCUGCUGAAACUGAAACUAAAGCUUCUCUAGAAUUCUCUAAAGAUGCAUCUGACCAUGAAUCCAAAGAGGAUAUGAAGCCACUUUCAGUGGAGAGACUUUCCUUAUAUAACCAAGAAAAUCAAUCUCCAAGCUCAGUGUGUGCCACAUCUCAUGAGCGUGAAGCUCCUCAAGAGACCAGUUUGUCUCACGAAAGCAAUUUGAAGAGUGAAGCUCUACAAGAAAACAGUAUGUCAAAUGGAGAUAUGCUGCUGGGUGAUCAGAAUAAUAAUGGUAGUCAACUUCUAUCCAGCUCAAUGAGCACACAAGUGUCUGAUUCUUCCCAAAUUCAAACUGAAACCUUUAGUCCAUCUUCUGUGGCAUGCCAUCAAAAUUUUGUAAAAGAGGAACAUUUACAGCCACAAAAACCUAUGAAUAGUGAGCGAAACUGGCGUCAGAAGCAUAAUAAUGACAGAAUUCACAGAGAUUCCAGAUUUGGGUUUCGAGGACAUUCACAUAAAAAGCAGCAUCAACAGCGACGAGUUUCUCCACAACGGUACCCACGUGUUGAACCUCAUGCUCAAAUGCCUAUGAAUCGAGGUUAUCCCUCUCAACCUUUGCCUUCACAGAACCCACAAUUUGAGCAAGGGAGCCAAGCACAAAGUGACUACCCAGCAUCUGCUAAUCUUACAGCACCUCAAGCCUGGCCAAUACAAAACAUGCAGCAGCAGAAUUUUGCUUCUGCAUCUCAAGUACCUGCACAACCUGUUGCUUAUGCUGAAGCACAAAUGUCUCAGUUUCCUACGCAAAGUCAUGAGCAGCAAGGGCAUCUGCAGGGUAACCAAGGGUAUAAUCAAAUGUGGCAAUAUUAUUAUUAUCAACAGCAACAGCAGCAGCAGUUUCUUCUGCAACAGCAACAUUUGCAACAACUGCACCAACAACAGCCCCAUCAGCAGCAACAGUAUCAGGCACAGCAAUAUUUUCAGCAACAACAGCAGCUACCCCAUGUACAACAGCAGCUACAGAUUCAGCAACCACAUUUUCUACAACAGCAGCCCUAUCAGCAGCAGCAUCUACCAUACCUGCAACCGCAACAGCAAAUGCAGUAUCAGCAGGUGCAGCAACAGCAACAACAACAACCACAACCACAACCACAACCACAUCAGCAGCAACAACAACAACAAGAACAAAGACAACCUGAGCAUCAAAACACUGUGUUGCAAAUCAACACUAGGAGUCAGAACAGCUCUGAACAGGGCAUAGGAGUUGCACCACCGUAUAGUACAGGUGUGUCUGGGACUGUCACAUCUGCUGCAUCUCCAAAUCCUCAGCAUCAAUCUCCCCAAAGUCUUUAAGGUGCUUACCCUUUCUGCUGACAAAGAGAAAUGCACUUCAAAACUUAAGGUAAUGUCCUACCGAGAAUGUAGUUAAAAAGAUCUUGAGAUUGAAAUCUUCAUCUCAAAUCACAACUUUGUUGACUCUGAGAGCUGACAAAGAGGCACCAAUGUCAAAUGUAAUGGACUUCCAUUUUGUGGAUAUGUAUAGUAUAAAGGUCAGGCAAUAUCAUUUUGCAUAUCUCCUUGGCUAAAGUCUUGUC